AAUCAACAGCCGCCAUCUUGACGCGGCUCAGAAUCGGGAUUUCGGGGGGAGCAUUAAUUUUAAAAACCGAUCGGAGCUGUCCAGACGGGGCUCAAACGCCUUUUUUCGUGCAGUAAAUCGAAGCGUUAGUUCUUCCGAUGAGAUUUAAUGCAAACAUGUGAGGGUUAUAUGGGUUUUUAUCGUCUCGAAAGCCCACUGUAUAUUUGAUUUCCCUUUUAGAGAGCGCCGCUUCUCGCCGUAUCUCCGUCCCGAGACGCUGUAUUUACUGGGAGACAGCGACGAGAAAAAUAAUCCGCCUCAUAGAAAAUAUUUGUUGAAUUUUGCUCUUUUUAUUUAAGGCCAAGAGAUAUUUUAUGGCUGUUCGUUUUGACUGCGAAAAAAAUGAUUCUGUACAGACGUGAAACCGGCGAUCUACGGAGAAAGAGAUUUGCUUACGGUUUGUGUAAUAUUUUAUGAUUGAUUUUUAUUUAUUUUUCUCGAACUGAAAUAAUUUUUGGACGUAAUUAUUGAGGAUAAUUAUGUGGGUGUUGGGUGUUGGAUUAUCAUGGGGUGAUCUUCGGCGGCGGAGCGUGGCGCUGUUGCCCUUCUUUUGAGACAUUUUUCUCCAGGCAGCAUUUCGCCAGUCUUCCCAGUCAAAAAAAAAAAAAAAAAAACACAUUAAAUCGCUCCUUUACGCGUAACGUUACGAAAAGUUACUAGUUACUACGAGUCAGAGGUCGACAAGUUGGACCGAUCCGGUUGUGUUUUUUCCUCCAUCAUCGUUCACUCAUAAUUGACGACCAGGAUGGCUGACAAUCUGCUGGAUGUCGGACCCCCCACUGCAAAGCGACCCAAGCUGAAUUCACCUCUCUCAGGAUCAGAUGGCCCAGAUCUUGUGUCUCUGUUUGACCUGGAAAAUGACCUUCCAGAUGAGCUCAUCCCAAAUGGAGACUUGUCCCAGAUGGGAAUGUCCUCUAAUGGUGGCUCAGGCGGUGGAGGGGGUCCUGGUCUCAACUCUAUCGUCCCUGAUGCAGCAGCCAAACACAAGCAGCUAUCUGAGCUACUACGACCAGGAAGCUCAUCCAUCUUGGGAGGUGGUCUCAACUCUGCCAGCCCCCAGCAAGGAGGCAUGGUUGGAAGCCAGCUAGGUGCUGUGCUUGGUAAAAGUCCACUAGGACAGGGUUCUCCGAAUCACCAAUCUCCCCAAUCUCAGAAGGGAGGUGCUGCUACAGGACAAGGCAAUGGGGGCCCAGCCAUGGGCUUCAAUCAGGCCAUGUUGAACAGUGGGCAAGGUCAUGGAGUGCUGGGCCAGCCAGGACAGGUGAUGAAUGGGGCUCUUGGACCUGCAGGCCGGGGGAGGCCGGGUCCCGGUAUGCAGUACCAGGGCCAAGGCAUGCAGGGGACACAAGUUGGUGCUGGACCUGGUGUUGGAGGCAGUGUGCUGGCUGAGACACUGACCCAAGGAGGGCCACAGUUGGGUGCACACAAUGCGUUGAAUGCUCAGCAAGCUGGAAACAUGAAUAAGAUGGGGAUGUCAGGAGCUCCAUUUGGCCAGCAGUAUGGACAGGCUGGGGUGCAGCAGAUGGGGGCAGCAGGGGUCAAUGCCCAACAGCUCCAGAACAAGACAGCUCUUACCAACAACCUGCCCCAGUUCCCUGCAGAGCUGAAAGGAACUGGGAAUGUGCCAAACAUGUCUCAGAUGCAGCAGCAGGUAGCAUCAGUGGGUAUGGUCCCUGGGGCUGGUGGUGGAGUAUCAGCAGGUCCAACAGCCGACCCUGAGAAGCGCAAACUCAUUCAGCAGCAGCUGGUCCUGCUGCUCCACGCACACAAGUGCCAGCGGCGGGAGCAGGCCAACGGGGAGGUGAGGGCCUGCACUCUGCCCCACUGCCGUACCAUGAAGAACGUCCUCAACCACAUGACCCACUGCCAGGCCGGCAAGUCCUGCCAGGUGGCUCACUGUGCAUCAUCCAGACAGAUCAUCUCCCACUGGAAGAACUGUACACGGCACGACUGUCCAGUCUGCUUGCCUUUGAAGAAUGCUAGUGACAAGAGGAACCAACAGCCUAUGCUUAGUUCUCCGGGUGCCGGUCUGCAGAACACCAUCAGCAGUGUGGGUCCUGGUCAGCCCAGUGCCACAGCCAUAAACAGCGCUGCCACACACAUCGACCCCAGCUCCAUGCAGAGGGCCUAUGCAGCCCUGGGCCUGCCGUAUGGGAACCAGUCCCCUGCUCAGGUUCAAGGGCAAAACCAGGGCCAGGGACCUGCACAGCAAAACCCCCAGGGUCCCCAGCACCCGCAGCUGCGUACGAUGAACCCUCUAGGCUCUAAUCAGAUGAACCAGAUGGCAGGAGGCAUGGGUGUCCCUACUUCAGAUCAGACUGGGAUGCACUCUGACUCCUCCCUGCCCUCUUCACUCAACAAUCAGCUGAUGCCAGAUGGGUCAGUAGCAGGAGGCAUGGGAAACCUGCCAACUGCCACCCCUCUUUCUGCAAGUGGGGUAAGGAAGGCCUGGCAUGAACACGUCACUCAGGACCUGCGCACCCACCUGGUGCACAAACUUGUACAAGCCAUAUUCCCCACCCCAGAUCCUGCAGCGCUGAAGGACCGGCGAAUGGAGAACUUGGUGGCAUAUGCACGCAAGGUGGAGGGUGACAUGUAUGAGUCGGCUAACAGCAGGGAUGAGUAUUACCACUUCCUGGCAGAGAAGAUCUACAAGAUCCAGAAGGAACUGGAGGAGAAGAGGCGCUCACGGCUUCAGAAACAGCCUGGUAUGGUGGGCACAGCUGGGCCUCAGCAGCCUGGAAUGGCUCAGCCCAACACUAUGGGCCAAGGACAGGCUGUCCGACCUCCCAAUGGACCUGUGCCUAUGCCCAACAUGCCAAAUCAGAUAAUGAACCGUAUGCAGGUGCCCCAAGGAAUCAAUCAGUUUAACCCAAUGGCAAUGCAGAACACGCAGAUGUCUCAGGCACCCAUGGGAGCACGUGCUCCCUCCCCCAUGAACCAUCCACAACAGAUGAACAUGAGCUCCGUCCCAGCGAUGGGCAUGUCCCCGUCAAGGAUGCCUCAAACUCAAGGAAUAAUGGGUAGUCAUGCUAAUAAUAUGGUAGCUCAGCCAACCAACCAGGGCCAGUUUCUGCAACAAGGCCAGUUCCCUUCAGCCCCAGGUGGAUCAAUGAAUGUGAAUGUAGGCCUGGGCCAAUCAUUACCUAAAGCUGGUGUCACACAGCAGCCACAAAACUCUAACCUUCCCCUGACUGCACUGGGCUCUCUCAGCUCCCAGCUGCCCUGUGGCACUGGAGCCCAGCCCACCCUGGGUACCACCCCUCCACCCAAUGCCUCUGCCAACCUGCAGCCACAGCAACAACAGCAGCAACAGCAGCAGCAGCAGCAGCAGCAACAGAUACAACACCAUGCUCCUGUGCAAGCCCAGGUGCCACCCCAGCCCACUACCCCUGUCUCAACAGGUGGGCCCUCUUCGACUCCAACUCACAUACCUGGCAGCCUCCCUGGCCCUCCCUCAGCUAUGAGUACACCUCCUGACCCAUCCCAGCCGCUCACACCCCUGCAGCCCCAGCCUGAACCCCCCAACCAGAUACAGCAGCCCACUUCAGUGCAGGCACAGCACCCCAGCACGCCGAUGUCCCAGGCAGCAGCCAGCAUAGAUAACAGAGUUCCCACCCCAGGCUCUGUGGCUGAGCUGAGCUCACAGCAGGCCUUGCCUGACAUGAGCAGCACUGAAGCCAAACCUGAAAUAAAAUCUGAAGAAGAUGACAGCAACUCGGGCAAGAAGCAGACGGACAUAAAAAUGGAGGAUGAAGAUACCAAACCCCCACUGGUGAAGAAAGAGGAGCCAGAUGCAGCAGAGCCAAAGCAAGAACCAAUGGAAACUGAGGAGAAAAAGCCGGAGAUGAAGGCAGAACCCAAAGAAGAGGAGGAUGGUGGGGCCAACAGCACAUCAACAACCUCCACCGCUCAGGCUCGCAAAAAAGUCUUUAAGCCAGAGGAGCUGAGACAAGCCCUGAUGCCAACACUUGAGGCCCUGUACAGGCAAGACCCAGAGUCUUUGCCCUUCAGACAACCUGUAGACCCGAUGCUUCUUGGCAUCCCUGACUACUUUGAGAUAGUGAAGAAUCCUAUUGACCUAUCUACCAUCAAACGGAAGCUGGAUACUGGUCAGUACCAGGAGCCAUGGCAGUAUGUGGAUGAUGUGUGGCUCAUGUUCAACAAUGCCUGGUUGUACAACCGCAAAACAUCCCGUGUUUACAAAUACUGCACCAAACUGGCAGAGGUUUUCGAGUCAGAGAUUGAUCCCGUCAUGCAGGGCUUGGGCUAUUGCUGCGGAAGAAAGUACGAGUUCUCGCCACAGACACUGUGUUGCUACGGCAAACAGCUGUGUACGAUCUCUAGGGAUGGCACAUACUACAGCUACCAGAACAGUUCACCCAAAUAUGGCCUUAUUGCCGACAGGUAUCACUUCUGUGAGAAGUGCUUCAACGAGAUCCAGGGCAACAGUGUGACCCUGGGGGAUGACCCUGCACAGCCGCAGACCAUGAUUUCAAAAGAUCAGUUUGAAAAGAAGAAAAAUGACAUGUUGGAUCCUGAGCCGUUUGUUGAAUGUAAAGACUGUGGAAGGAAGAUGCAUCAGAUCUGUGUGCUGCACUAUGACGUCAUUUGGCCAUCAGGCUUUAUCUGUGACAACUGUCUCAAGAAGUCUGCAAAAACAAGAAAGGAGAACAAGUUCUCAGCCAGAAGGUUGCAGUCUACAAGGUUAGGGACCUACAUUGAAGACAGAGUGAAUAAAUACUUGAAAAGGCAAAACCAUCCAGAGGCUGGAGAAGUGUUUGUGCGAGUUGUGGCCAGCUCUGACAAAACUGUGGAUAUAAAGCCUGGCAUGAAGUCUAGGUUUGUAGACUCAGGCGAAAUGGUGGAGAGCUUCCCUUACAGAACCAAAGCACUUUUUGCAUUUGAAGAAAUAGAUGGAGUUGACGUCUGUUUCUUUGGUAUGCACGUCCAGGAGUACGGCUCUGAGUGCCCCUUUCCAAAUACAAGACGGGUUUACAUAUCAUACCUCGACAGUAUUCAUUUCUUCAGACCACGUUUGCUAAGGACUGCAGUGUACCAUGAGAUCUUAAUAGGCUACCUGGAGUAUGUGAAGAAACUGGGGUAUGUGAUGGGUCACAUCUGGGCCUGCCCGCCCAGUGAAGGAGACGACUACAUUUUCCACUGCCAUCCUCCUGAUCAGAAGAUCCCCAAGCCCAAGAGGUUACAGGAGUGGUACAGAAAGAUGCUGGAUAAAGCUUUCGCUGAGAGGAUCAUACAUGAUUAUAAGGACAUUUUCAAGCAAGCAACAGAAGACAGGCUGACUAGUGCUUAUGAGCUGCCGUACUUUGAGGGUGACUUUUGGCCCAAUGUACUGGAGGAGAGCAUCAAGGAGCUGGAGCAGGAGGAGGAGGAGAGGAAAAAGGAGGAAAACACGGCCUCCUCUGAGACUACAGAGGGAGCCCACACUGACAGCAAGAAUGCCAAAAAGAAGAAUAACAAAAAAACCAACAAAAACAAGAGCAGCGUCAGCAGAGCCAACAAGAAAAAGCCUGGGAUGCCGAAUGUAGCCAAUGAUCUGUCCCAGAAGCUCUACGCCACGAUGGAGAAACAUAAGGAGGUAUUUUUUGUUAUUCACCUCCAUGCUGGGCCAGUCAUUAACACCCUUCCUCCUAUCAUGGAUCCCGACCCUCUGUUGACCUGUGACCUUAUGGAUGGUCGUGAUGCCUUUCUGACUUUGGCCAGGGACAAGCACUGGGAGUUUAGCUCACUGAGAAGAUGCAAAUGGAGCACGAUGUGCAUGUUGGUGGAGCUCCACAACCAGGGCCAGGACCGCUUUGUGUACACUUGCAACGAGUGCAAGCACCAUGUGGAGACUCGCUGGCACUGCACUGUCUGUGAGGACUAUGACCUAUGCAUUAACUGCUACAACGCUAAGGGCCAUGAGCAUCAGAUGGUGAAGUGGGGUCUUGGUAUAGAUGAUGACAGCAACGGCCAGGGUGGAGAGGCCUCCAAGAGCCCACAGGAGAGCCGACGUCUCAGCAUUCAGCGCUGUAUCCAGUCCUUGGUCCACGCCUGUCAGUGCCGCAAUGCCAACUGCUCUCUGCCAUCAUGUCAGAAGAUGAAGAGAGUGGUUCAGCAUACCAAGGGCUGCAAACGCAAGACCAAUGGUGGCUGUCCUGUGUGCAAGCAGCUCAUUGCUUUAUGUUGCUAUCACGCCAAGCACUGUCAGGAGAACAAGUGUCCCGUUCCCUUCUGUCUCAACAUUAAGCACAAACUCCGUCAGCAGCAGCUGCAGCAUAGGCUCCAACAGGCUCAGAUGAUGCGCCGCAGAAUGGCAACGAUGGCUGGACGGGGUAUGCCUCUGCCGUCUCCACCUACCUCAGCUGCCCCCGACACCCCCAACUCUGGGCAGCAGCCUAAUACACCCCAGACCCCCCAGCCCUUGCCUAACCAGCCCCAACAACAACAACCACCAAACCCUGUCAACAUCACCCAAGGCUUCCCCAACAAUGGACGCAGCAGCCAGCCUCCCACCCCUGUGCCACAGGGCAAACCCGGGCCUCAGUCAUCCCCUCUUCAUCCACAGCAGUCACCUCUGCCUAACCUGCCACACCAGCAGCAGCCUCUGCCUCAACAGCCACAGCAGCAACAGCAACAGCAGCAGCCACUGCUGGCAGCCCUGAAGGUGGCCAAACAGAUCGAGAUGGUUGCUAAGGCGAAACAACAGCAGAAUUAUGCCAUGAACGGAAUGCCCAUGAACCACCCACGAAUGAUGGGGCCCAUGCAAGGCCAGAUGCAAAUGAUGCAGGGGCCACGGUGCCCUCAGGUGAUGCAGGCUAUGCAGCAAGGACAGUGGGGUCCAGGGAUGCAGAAUCCCAUGCAGAAUCCCCAGGGCCAUCAGCCACAGGUCCAAUCUCAACAGGGCCCAAUGGCUCCUCAGCAGGCUCAGGGAAACCCCAUGCCCCAGCAAGGUCAGCUCAUGCAGAGGCCCAUGAUGCCUCAGCAGCAGGGUCUCCAAAUGCCUGGCGUCAUGCCUCCCCAGGGGCCCUCGCCACAGGGCAUGACACCACAGCAGCAGAACAUGCCUCGGGGGAUCCCUGGUAACAUUGCUCCGAGCGCCUUGCAGGAAUUACUGCGCACCCUUAAAUCUCCUAGCUCCCCCCAGCAGCAGCAGCAGGUCCUCAAUAUCCUCAAGUCAAACCCCCACCUCAUGGCGGCUUUCAUUAAACAGAGGACAGCUAAGUACCAGGCCAACCAGCCCCAACAGCCGCAGCCACAGCAGGCUCAGCAGCAGCAGAACCCUCAGGCCAUGCUGGGGUCCCAGGCUGGAAUGCAGGCCAUGGCAGCAAUGGCGAAUCAGGUGCAGAGGCCAGGGAUGGCACCUCAGCAGCAGCCUCCACAACAACAACCAGGGCCUCAGGGCAUGGCACCCAUGGGCCCCCAAGGCCAGAUGAUGAAUGCUGCUCAAAAUGGCAAUCCCCAGCUGUACCGCAGACAGCUGCUCCGAAUGCAACAGAUGCAGCAGCAGCAGCAGCAGCAGCAGGGAGGAAUGCCUCAGGCCCAUGGUCAGUUCCCCCAGCAGCAGCCAGGGCCAGCUAGCUAUUCCCAGCUUCGUAUGCAGCAGCAAAUGGCUAUGCAAGGGGGUGGGGGGCCCAUGGGCCAGUUGCCUCCCACAUCCCAAAUGGGCCAACCUGGUAUGGGUAUGGAUGGAUCUCAGAACCUCCUCCAACAGCGCAUGCUUCAGCAGCAGCAACAGCAGCAGCAGAUGCUGAAGCAGCAGAUGGGCUCUCCAGCACAGGCUAAUUCAAUGAGUCCACAGCCUCACAUGCUUCAAGGCCAAGCCCAAGGAGGAGCUCACUUACCAGGCCAAACGAUGGCGAACACCCUAGGAAACCAAGUACGCUCCCCAGCCCCAGUGCAAUCACCCCGUCCCCCCUCGCAGCAGCCCCCUCAUUCCAGUCCUUCCCCACGGAUACAGCCGCAGCCCUCACCUCAGCAUGGUGCCCUCCACUCCAGCUCUCCACACCCUAGCCUCGGAGGCCCCAUGUCAGGCGCCAUGGAGCAGGGACACAUGGGUACACCAGAGCAGAGUGCCAUGCUCCCGCAACUUAACACGCCAAACCGGGGAUUGAGUAAUGACAUGAGUAUUGUGGGUGACACGACAGGAGACACGCUGGAGAAAUUUGUUGAAGGAUUGUAGCAUUUUGUGACAGAAGAAAGGCCUUUUUCUGUUAUCAGCUGAGAAUCUUUUGUAUUCGCAGAUGUAAAAAGCUCAAAUGAAUACAAAGAAAUGAGCCCUACAAGGCCUAUGGACUAUGAACAUUUCCUUAAAUCAAAGGACUGCUUUUUCUUCCAACACAGAGUGAUUUAAUAAUUGCUGUUAAAAAGAAGACAACAAAGACAAAGAAUAUAUUUUUGGUUCUGACCAGCCUUGCAAGAAUUUGCUCUGGUCUUUGUGUUUUAAUUUGUUUUUCAUUUGUUAUGCUAUGGUAUUGACUUUUUUAACAAAAUUUCUCAAAACAAAAAAAUUUUCAUUUUAUGAUUCAAUUUUUUUUUUAUUUUGUACCUUGCAAAGUAAUAUCUUAUUUGCGUUGAGAAGACUGUAAAAUUAUUUGUCUGGAAAUCUUUUGCCAGGUUUCACCUCUUGCUCAGUUUGUCCGUUCCUGGCUAAUUUAUUCUAAUAUGCCAUUUUUCAAAAGGACUGCCUUUGGGAAAGCCUUAAUUUCUUUCCUGUUGCAGAGUCUAUGGGAGAUUAACGUAUUUGUAUAGAUUUAGGAACUAUUGCACACACCCAAACACAACAUGCAGGUAUAAGAGAAACCUGCAUCGAAGCUUGUUAAUGUUCACAGGUGCCGGAAUGUUGUUUUUUACUGGCCUGGGCCCAGUAUUUGUCUUGCAGAUGUUAAAAAUUGCUUUGUCUCUUCUUCGGUCUAAAGAAAUUCUCCUUAAGUCCUGAACCUCUUUUUGCCUGUGGUGGGAAUUAACUUGUUUGACUGCUGAUUUGUGUUCAGAGAGUUUUGUGCAUCAUUUUCUCUCUUGCAUUAAACUUGAAUUGAUGAACUGUUCUCUAAUGUAAGUCAUGCAGCUAGACAGUACUGUAAAUAUGCAGAAAAUAAGAAUGAAAUCACUGUACAAACUGGUUCAAAUGGCUCAUUUCGUACUUAUAUACCAUAUUGUUAAAUAAACCUGUGUGCCACAGAA